CAUAUGCUAGAAUGAUAUCGACUUGCUCUCCAAGUUUCUCCAUUUAUUUUUUAAUUUUUUUAUGGGUUUUAAAGGGCUUUUAUAAUUUGGGUCCGUAAGAUAGAUCUAAAAUAUAUCUAACAUAUAAGAAGGGUUAAGAGGCAAUCCCUCUCCCAAGUUUAGGUCAGCAAAGUUGCCCACCUCCAUGGCCACCCGUCUUCAGUUUGAGAACAACUGCGAAGUUGGCCUCUUUUCAAAACUCACUAAUGCCUAUUGCUUAGUUGCUGUUGGAGCCUCUGAGAACUUUUAUAGUGCUUUUGAGUCAGAGUUAGCCGAUGAUAUCCCUAUCGUUAAGACCUCUAUUGGAGAAACACCGAUCAUUGGGCGCCUAUGCGUUGGAAACAGGAACGGGCUUCUUGUGCCUCAUACAACUACUUACCAAGAGCUUCAACACUUGAGGAACAGUCUACCUGAUCAAGUUGUGGUCCAGAGAAUCGAGGCGCCUCUGCCUGCUCUUGGAGACUGCAUCGUCUGCAACGACCAUGUUGCUCUUGCUCGCAUCGAUCUCGACGAGGAGACUGAGGAAAUAAUAUCGGACGUUCUCGGUGUCGAAGUUUUCCGUCAGACGAUUGGAUGCAACAUUCUUGUAGGCUGUUACUGUGCCUUGUCCAACAGAGGUGGCAUCGUCCAUGCUUACAUCUCGGAGGAAGAGUUGGACGAGCUCUCGGCGCUGCUUCGAGUCCCGCUCGUUGCGGGGACUGUGAACCGUGGUAGUGAAGUUAUAGCUGCGGGAAUGACCGUCAAUGACUGGACUGCUUUCUGUGGCUCAGACACAACUGAAACGGAGCUCUCUGUAAUAGACAGCGUCUUCGAGCUAAGUGAAGCUUGUGAUAUAAACAAGAUCUCUACAUCGGAAUGGGAUUUGCUUGUGACCAAGUCAGAAGUCCCGGUGUUGGUUAUGUUCAUACAAGAUUGGCGCCCCUCAUGUCGAUACGUGAGGCAUGUAAUGGACGAAUUCAACUCGAAAUACACUGGUCGGUUCAAAUUCUACACACUCAACGUUCGUCAAGAGAGAGGCAUCGUAAUACGCUACGACAUAUUCAAUGUCCCGGCUAGUAUUGUCUUCAAAGGCGGAGACGAGAUGGCUAGAGUAUAUGGAUUCCGUCUUUAUGAAUUAGAAAGACUAGUGAAGCAGUACGAUGACUUGGUCUAUGCAUCCAAGCUUAAGGGUAACUUAGCAAAAGAAAAUAAUUUGCUAAUCAAGACAACAAAUCACCAUAAAAUCAAAGGAGAACUGAUAAAUUUAUUUGCAUAUGUAGGCAUGUGUGUUUUGGUAUUCAGGUCUGUUCUUUACUUUUCUUUUCUUUUUGUUCUUGGAUACUUUGAGUAACCGAAGUAAAUUUAGAUGAGUUUUCUUUUCUGGUUUUGUUUAUUUGUGAUUUGUUUUGGUAAGUUAUCUAUACUAUUUUUUUGCUAAGUAAAUUUUCACAAUCGAUGAUAUAUAUAAUUAAUUAUAUAAUAAAAAACAAAAUUUUUAUUAAUAUCGCUUCAACAAUAUCCCCAAAUUCCCUCACCAAAAAAAACACUAGCAGUUAACACUCUACCGUAAACAUUCAUGCAGGGUCGUUCCAAACCAUUCCAGCCAGAAUAUAAAGUUUUACUUGGGGGAGUAUGAGGCUGCAGUUUCAGUUUUUAUUUAUUUAUAAAAGAGCCAGUCACAGCCUUGGUCUUGCAUGCCUAAAUAGUUUAAAAAUGGAUUUAGUACCUGGUGAAGUAGGCAUGCAAUUCUUCUUUAGAGACUGGGUAUCCUCCAGAAAAUGUGAGGAAAAUAGCCCUAUCUUCUGUAGUUACUUGCUCACCCUCAACCUUGUUUGUUCCUGUUAAUGAUUAGUUGUUUCUUGCUGACCACUUAAGAACUGAUUAGUACUUGAUUCAGCAUCUCUCGUGAUGAAUAUUGUGGUUGAAGAUGAUGAGGAAUCCAAUACUUAUUUUUCACAAAUGCAGAUGCCAGUUUUUUUCUUCUUUUUAUUAGCAAGCAGAUAAUUAUAUAUAAGCCUACUGGGUGGUAACUGGUAAGAGAUUAUAAAAAGAACCCAGUGAAAUGGUGAACAUGUAUCUUGACAAAGCUCAAUUUCUUUAUUAAGAGUCACCAUAUUCAUGAACCAAAUAUCUAUUUUUAUUUUAUUCUAUAAAUGUUCUCUCGUUUCCUUGUUUGUUUAGUUUUCUCAUGUGGAACAAAGAGCUAUUCCUUCUUUCAUGUCAUUAUACUACUCUAUCCGAUUGAUAAUCUUCAUCUCAUCAUCCUUCCAAGUUAAUCAAGAUUCGGGCAUACAUACAAGGUGAUAGUGAACGAAAAAAUGGAUCAAGAAGACUAAAAAGCUGUUGCUCCAAAUGAGAAAAAAACAUCAUAUACUGCCUCUUAGGCUUAGAAUAAGAAAAAAAAACUCCACAACAUUCAUAUAAAGUCAGAAAAUGUCAGCAAAAACAUUCUCUUAUUCACAUAGAGAUGAUGUCAUUGUUU